CAAUGGCGCUACCGGCGCUACACAGUUUGUAAUUUGAGGUUAUGUAGAUCAAAACAAAAAAGCAUACGUUGAGAAUUCUCCCUCUAAAUGAGUGAAAAAAGGACAAUUUAUGUUGGUGGCUUAGCCGAGGAAGUGACUGAGAAACUUUUAAAUAACGCCUUCAUCCCAUUUGGUGAUCUAAUAGACAUUCAAGUGCCCAUUGAUUAUGAAUCUCAAAAACACAGGGGCUUCGCUUUUAUUGAAUACGAGAGUCCGGAAGAUGCUUCUGCAGCCAUUGACAAUAUGAAUGACUCUGAGCUCUAUGGGCGCACUAUCAGGGUGAAUCUGGCUAAACCACAGCGCAUCAAGGAGGGUAGCAACAGGCCCGUUUGGGCAGAAGACUCCUGGCUCAUCAAACAUGCCGGGGCGACGCUUAAGGACAAAGUCGAGACUCCUGGGGGCCCUGCAGCGGAAGGAAUUGCCACGGAGGAAAUUGCCAAAGAAGUUAAGACCACGGAGAAUCGCAAUCCACAAGUUUACUUUGACAUUAGAAUCGGGAAUAGCGAUGCGGGGAGAAUCAUUAUGCUUCUGAGGGCAGAUGUUGUUCCCAAGACUGCUGAGAAUUUCAGGGCACUGUGCACUGGAGAACAAGGAUUUGGGUACGCCGGCAGCAUAUUUCAUCGCAUCAUACCUGAUUUUAUGUGUCAGGGGGGCGAUUUUACCAAUAAAAAUGGAACUGGAGGUAAAUCAAUCUACGGACGGAAGUUUGCAGAUGAGAAUUUUGAUCUAAAACACACGGGCUUCGGGACACUUAGCAUGGCCAAUUCCGGACCAAAUACCAACGGUUCCCAGUUCUUCCUCUGCACCACCAAGACGGAUUGGUUGAACGGGAAACACGUGGUGUUUGGUCAUGUGAUCAGUGGAGCGGAUGUUUUGAGAAAGAUUGAGAAAUGUGGAGCUAAGAGUGGUACACCGACGCAGAAAGUGUCCAUUGUGGCUUGCGGAGAACUCAAGUGAUUCUGGUAAUAAAAUCCACUUUUAUUUUUCUUCA